CUGAGUCACGGCGGCGGCGGCGAUGAGGCAGCCGCAGCUGCGGGCGGUGUCGUUGUCAUUGUCGCUGUAGCUAUCCCCUCUCGGUGCCUGAGGAGCCGCCCGCGCCCGCCCGCCCUGCUCCCCGUGCCCCGCCCGCCGCGCUCGGCGCCGCCGCCAAGAUGAUGGAGGAGAUAGACCGGUUCCAGGUGCCCGCCGUGCGCGCCGAGAUGCAGCCGCUGGAUCCAACAGCUGCAGCUAUUUCGGACAGAGAUUGUGAUACGAGAGAGGGAGAGACUGUAGCCAUGAACUAUAAGCCAUCUCCACUUCAAGUGAAAUUAGAGAAGCAGAGGGAGCUGGCUCGGAAGGGGUCCCUGAAGAACGGCAACAUGGGAAGCCCAGUUAAUCAGCAGCCCAAGAAGAACAACGUGAUGGCACGAACAAGGCUUGUCGUUCCAAACAAGGGCUACUCGUCGCUAGACCAGAGUCCAGAUGAAAAGCCCCUGGUAGCCCUGGAUACAGACAGUGAUGAUGACUUCGAUAUGUCCAGAUAUUCCUCCUCGGGAUACUCAUCAGCUGAGCAGAUCAACCAAGACUUGAACAUCCAGCUGCUAAAGGAUGGGUACCGGUUAGAUGAGAUCCCGGAUGACGAGGACCUCGACCUAAUCCCGCCUAAAUCAGUCAACCCCACCUGCAUGUGUUGCCAAGCCACCUCCUCCACCGCCUGUCACAUCCAGUAGUGAGGCCGGCAGGCUGUGAUCAGUGCUUUCCACUAUAACUGUAAAACUUAACAGCCAUUGCUUCCUCCUAUGGUAGGACGUGCACCUCUUUGUGUUCAUGGAGCCAGGAGAAACCAAAAAAUUCAUUUUAUGAUUGGUUGAUAACUUAUUUUAAACUAUGGUAAAACAAAAGAGAAGUUGCUCAAUGUGCCAGGCAGUGCCUGGCAGAGCUGACUAGUCUGGAGAGCGAAUGCAGAGGGGUCCAGAGAUACCUCCUUGGUUUGUUUAGGCACUGGGGAUAUUUUGUAAAGUGUCUUUUUCCAGAAUGGGAAAGGUCAGAUGGGACUUCAGGUAAUCCUGCCCACUGAAACCAAUCCAUCUGCAAGAUUAGGGCAAGUUGGAGGUAUCAAAGUGUUUUACCAAUGAGAGGAAGUCAGUUCUUAAUUCAUUCACUAAACCUGUUUCAUUUGCAUAACCAAAAUGAUACUAUUACUGGGGCACAGGAAUGGGGACGGACCAGGGCAUCCUUUCUUAUGGCAAGGCUAGCCAGGACUAGCAUGACACAAUUCAUUCACUUGCAAAAGGGACAAGUAGCUGACAUCUCACUGUGAGUCAGUAUUAGCUAGAGUUGUUGUGUCACAUAGCCAAUGCAAUCUACCCUUAGCGCCACAUUAAAUUACCACCAAACACAUCAGAUUCUAUCUGCAAUCCACUCAUGCACUUCAAGGAUUUGUUCAUUGCCCAGGAAUACCAACCACACCUGUGACUUCAGUUCAGUCAUGUAUUCUGACUUCAGCCUGUAUUUAAUCCCUGUGCAACCCAUCUCUUUCCAAAAAUCUUAAACUUUGUUCAACUGAGAAGAAAUGAAUCCUGCAUGAGUCAGGACUAGAGAUGUACUGAACAACAGUGCUGGAAAAGCUAGUUGAAGACCACACAUUUUAACAGUGCUUGACUCUUGAUAUUCUCUUGACACUGUGACUCUGGGUGCUUGUGGGAGAAACUCGUUAAUGCUGAAGUCAUCAUUGUGGUAGGGUCAGACUUGAGAGGAAUUUUCAGCAACAGCAGAGUUAUGAACAGCUUCAGCUGAAAGAUGCCCAUGAGAAGAAACUACUGUUCACCCCCUAUCUGCCCAGUUGUGAGCCAGACAUGGUCCCAGGUCAGGAGCAGUUGGUGCUGGAAAAGUUAGGAAACCUGUUACAUUAGGUUGCUGGUCUGAGCUCCCAGUUCACCAGCAGAUUGUUUUGAAUGCAGAAUCACUUCUGGAAUUAGAAAACAUGUCCUCUCACUGACUGCAGCAUAUGCAAGGGAUGGGCUGGCAUUUUUCUUAGUGUUGAGAUCUUUUGCCGCAGGCACAAUUCCUGUGUUUUCCUGGCCUUUCAGGAGGAAAGACCACCUGCCUUGGGUCAUUACCUAGCCUAGGAAAGGAAAAAAUGAGGGCAGUUCUGAGCUUCUCAUCAGAAUUCCUGAGUCACAAAGCAGAGCCUGAGCUCCACCACAACAGACAGAUCCCCCAUCAGAAAUCUAUAUGAAGUGAGCUGAGUCUUUAAGAAGUCUUAAUUAGCAGAAGAUUUUUUUAACAUACUGGAGAUUUACUCUGUGCAGUGCAAAGCCUGAUACCAGCCACAGUGUGAGUGAAAGAGCAGGCACACAAGAUUCCCAGGCUUAUUUACUUGAUGGUGCUUGUCCCCUCUGCCUAAAACAACAUGCUGCCACCCUGGUUCCAGGCCAUAGAAAGAGGACUUGAAUGGUGCUGUUUACUGAGCAUCCCUGAAUCUUUACACAGAAGUGAUGGUUAACUUACCAACUCUUGUGGGGAUAGUGUUCCUCAAGUAAAUUCAUCUCUUUUUCUCUCCACCUGGUAGUGCUGAGGGGGAAUAUUUCCAAAAUACAGCUCAGGUGUGAGGUUGUCUGGAGAUGGGGGAAAUAGGGAGUAGAGAAAAGGAUAAAAAGGAAAAAAACAUUCCUUAAGGAGUCUUUUUUAAUGGGGAAUAUAGUCAAAACCUAAUAGAAAUACCAUGGUCAAUGCCCUUUAAAUCUUCACUCUUCUGGAGAGGGACUUUGCAGUUCAGCACUGGUAUCAUGGAACAUUUUCAUCACAUUUAUCCUCCUGGGUCAGUGUCUGUGCCUUCCAGCCUGGCUGCACAUGCUCAGCCUUUCCCACAGCCCUUGCUCAGGAGCUCAGAGCAUUUCGGAGUGCCUGCUAGAGCAACAAGCCAUCUCUUCAUCUGGGCCAGCCACUGAGGGCUGCACAUCCCACAGGUCUCCAUCCUGCUGCCAUCAUAGAAUCAUGCCAUCAUCCAGGUUCAAAAAUCCCCUUAAGAUCACUGAGUCCAGCUAUAACCAAGUACUGUCCUGUUCAGUCUAGGAUAGAAUGAGGCUUGCUGUUCUCUCUCAGGGUUAACACCUCUCCUCUGAGGGACAGACUUCCACUUAGUGGACUUGGCAGUGCUGGAUUAACAGUUGGAUUCCAUGGUCUUAAAGGUCUUUUCCAAUCUGAGGGAUUCUAUGACACCCACUGUCCCAUGGCACCAUUACCAAGUCCUUUUAUUGCCCCUGUUGCUGGUUUUUGCCUGCCAUGUGCCCUGAGACAUUCCCCAGUCCUGCAACUGCCUUCAGCCCUUUGCGUUUUGUGACAUGCAUCUCCUAGCAGAGCCCUUUAGGGAGGGAGGGAGAUUAAUUCAGAUGUUCCACGUGGUGCUUCCUCCAAAUACAAACCGAAGCACAACUCAAGCAUUUUUGCCUGUCCACAGAAGGAGUUGGUUGCAGAAAUAGUUGGUUUGGCAUGACAGUACAGGACCAUAAAAUGGCAAUUUUUUGGCUUCUCCUCUCUAUGCUUUGUGUUCAUAUAUUUUAUUAGGGGAAUAAUGUAGAAAGGGUGGGGAAAAGUAGUUACCUGUGUAGGGUCAUUACCAGAAAGGCUGAGUGGCUUAAGGCAAUGCCCAUGUGGCUGUCAUAGAAAACUGAACACUAACCCUUCUGAACUGCAGCCCCUUCAGCAGAUUAUGACCAUGCAGCAUGUUUGUUGGCUCAUUAUGAAAUAUUGAAGACUGCCCAUUGGUAUGUAUCAACCACAGAUGAGGCUGGUUCCCCGUCUGGUCUCAUGGUCAGACCUUUGCUUUAGCCAGCAGGUUUUCCGUAUGCCCUCAGAGUCACAGAAUGGGUAAGGCUGGAAGGGGCCACAGUGGGGUCAUCCGAUCCAGCCUGUCUGCUCAAGUAAACCUUGUUGGAGGUUGUGCUGUGGUGAUUUCCUGGGAAGGUGUGGAGAUAGAUAGCUGUCCUGGCACUGCUCUCCUUAGACCACUCUCUGCCACCAGGGCCAGAAAAAGGCAGAAGGCAAGAGCACAGACUCUGACUCUCUGGCACAGCAUUUCUACAAAAUCUACCGAGCUGCUGGGUGGUCUCCUAAAUGCAGAUGGCAUGCAAGAAAGAAAAUUGUUCCUUCCUCCAAUCUUUGCACCAAACAAGAUGGCCCUCUCAGGCUACAUUUUCAAUCCAAAGUUGUACAGAAAACCAAGGAGAGGAACACCAUGGAGUAUGAAAUGGCUGCCUUGCUGUCUACCUAAAUUACCACGCAAACAGGAUGUAAGGAUAUUGAUGCUGGUGCCUCCAAAAAGGAAUUUGCAUUUGAUGUCUCCUAAAGCCAGACUGGGUUUUUGUUAGGAUUUUAUGUAAUGUCAGUCACUAAAUUAUGUGAGUUUCAGCAAAUGCUUUUCUUUUAUCAGAUGUUAAUCUGAUAAAAUAUCAGCUAGUAUCCUUGAAUGUGAGCUGGAUUUGAACUCUAGGGUCUCAGCACUCUGUUCCAUCUUUCAUCUGCAAACUCCACAUUUCCAGAUGUCUUUGGGAGGAGGAACAUCCUCCUAGUCUUGAGGAAGGUCUAUAGAUAGUGUGUUCAUGUCUGCUUUUCUAGUGUUUGUACAGAAACCUCAGCUGAAAGGAGGCUGAUGCCCAUUCUGAAGGCUCAUUUGAUAUCUUACCAGACACAUCUUGAAGUGAAUCCUUGGAAGAGCCACUGGGUGAUAUCUGACAUUGCUGCAUGUCUGUCCCUAACAUGUGUGCUUGGCCAUUGGAUCUGCUGUGCUCUCCUGGCUGUUCUGCCUGCAGAUGCCUUGCAACUGCAAAAGCAGGUUACCAUUCUUGCUGCAUGGACUUUGAGAGGGACUUCAGGACAGCUUCCCCACAGAGAAGAUGGACUCAGCUCCUUCUGGUUUGUUUCACCAGCUCUUGUCCCAAAAGCAGGCACCCACUGGGUUCAGUGGUUUACUGGCUGACACACAGGUCUGCAGUCCUGAGCAGGAGCCUUCCCUUUCCAUGCACAGUCUGAUCCUGGGCUGGCCUGCAGGCUGUGCAGGAGAAUGCAGGAAGCUUGAAAAAUGCAGUGCCCUGUGUGUGACUCAACAGAAACAUGAAGAUGCUUUUGAAGAAAGGAAGGACCCAGCUGGGCAACAGAUGGAAAACAGGAAAAGGAAAACAAGCAAUAACUAGAAAGAUUGCCAAGUGCUGUCUUGGCCUCAGGCAGAUCCCAGUUGUCCGAGUUGAUCUGUCUCAGUGCAGUGCUGAUGCCAGUGGGGAGCAAAGCUUGCUUUCAGAUGUACACACCAGAAACACCCUGAGCUGGCACUGCAGCCAAAUACAGCCCUGGUGAGUCUGCUGGACUGUUAGAGCACAGAAAUGAGAUCUGGGGUCCUUGCUGCUGUAGGUAUUUGCUCUAACCUCAGGCAAGUCACAUCCCUUCUUGAUGUCAAUUCCGUUCUGGGACACAUGGGAGAAACCUGCCUUCCCAAAGUGCUGCCACCAUCCUGCCAAGUGUGAGAGGCACUAUUGAUAGGACAGUUCUGAAGCAGGAUGUAAAUAUAAUGCUAUAGAAAUUAAAUUCCUAUUUUCAAAGUACUACUGCUUUUCCUCUCUUUACCCUCUUCUGAUGUUACUCAUGCAUGCCAGAAUACAGCAGGGUGAAGGUUACUACAGAGCUUAAACAUCCUUAGAGAAAGAUAUUUGUCAAGGAUGUGUUAUCCAGUCACUUGGCAGUUGACUCUUGCACAACUGGCUUUUGAGUUUGCCUGCUCCUAGAGGGAACAUGUACAAAGACUUGGUGGCCCAACAGCACCAUUCACUGAUAGCAGAAUUAAGGAAUUUAGGAGUGCAGGUUGGGAUGGCAAGUAGUGACGAAGGGGAGCAGAGGAUUGAAAGGCUCAUUUUUGGGAUAUUCCCAUGGCAGUUUCAUGCUCUUGCUUUUAGCAACCAUAUGAUCAUCUUAGCCUUUAGACUGGUGGCUCUGCCAGGGCUCCUUCUUUGCUUUUCCAUUCUCACUUCACACCCAGCUGGGGUACUGCCACUCUUACCUAGAAUGCUGUAGGCUUUGGCACCUGGCUGCUGCUUGGCUCAGCAAGCUUGGGCUGCAUGUUCAAAAGCAACAUCUGCAUAGAGGAGCAGUGCCACAGGGCUAGCUGAGAAGGCAUGAAAAGGUCUUCAUUUUAGCUGCUUUUCACCUCUAGGCAUACUUGUCUCUUCCUUUCAAGGCUCAGCUGUGAGAGGGAUUGCUCCAAACCACACCUCAUCAAACUUUGUUACAGAACCACACAAGUCUUGAAGCAGAAGGGACAGGAAUUUAGCAUAAAGGGAGAUUUUGUGGCUGGGUUUAUCUGCCGGAGGUCAGUGAAGGUUUCUCAUUGGAGUUGUAGUCCAUAUUUUAACUUCCUGUAUUAUGCAGCUGAGCUGCUGCAUUGCUUCCCAAAAAUUACACCUACAUCCCUUCUUUUGACCCACUUGACAUUGCUGGCAGUCCCAGAAUGACUGCAGCUGAACACUGCCUGUCUGAGCACAUCUUUGACAGCUUGCUGGGGAGGCAGAGGCUGGGACUGACUGAGAUCACACAGAGCACAACCCCAUGGCCCACACAAGCAUGCAGCACACCGUGCCACAGAGCAGCACAGACACCAGCAGGACAGGUUGCAGCUUUCCCUGGUGCCUACUUGAAAGCAGUAGGCACCAGGAAAAGGCCACUCAAAGGCCAUCCUAAGUCCCAUAGCUGCUAAGAUAUUUACCCUCCCAGAGCAGCAUUUCUCCCCUAGCCAUCCAUGCAGCUGUCCCAGGUGAAGCACUGCUCUUCCCCCAGGCUGCCUUUUUGCUUUUGCAACCUAAAUAAGCUGCAACUUGGUACCCACCUUCCUCAAGCCUCCAUGAUUUGGGAGACACAGUUUGUUGAGAGAUAUAAUACACACACAUGGAAAGAGCUGAAAAACUUGGGCAAGCACUCUUCAUGACAGACCUUCAUAUCCACCCCCAGUUCACAGAUUUGUUUGUUCCAUUUUUUUGCAUGGAGAAGCUGCAGUAGCAGCUGUGUUCAACUUGUGGCUGCCUCUGUUCUAAGACAAACCCCAAGCAAAUGUCAGGCCAGCUGUAUGUCAGUGAACAUGAUGGGAUAAGAAUCAGACAGGAGGCUGGGAUUUCUCUUCACCUACAUGAAGGCUGUGAGGCUGAGGAUUCACCAGGUUCAUGCAAAACCUGGUGAGAUGCAGCCCACCAAGCCGGAUGCCUUCACCCUUCUGGCCUCAGUGCUGUGGGUCCAAGUGUGCGGUCCCAGACCUGCCAACCCACAUACUCCUGGUGUGGGCUGGAGUCCUGCAGCAGAGGCUUUAGUGGGCAGCCUGUUGGCUCUGCUUUUGCUGCACUGGGGCAGGGUGCUGUGAGAUACUGUUGGGGCUGUAGUUCUGCCAGGAGAAAGACUCUGGUGGAGGAUGAAGUCUUUUCAGGGGAGACAAUUCAGAAAGUUGGGUUUUCCCCUCCCCUUUUUGCACUUUUUUAACCCUUUUUACUCCUUCCACAGAGGUUAUUGAACCUUCAGUUUAAUAAGGGAGAUGAGCUGCCAUUAAAUAUGUGUCUGAAGGUCUGAAAGCAGGUGCUGGCUGGCAUGCAGAGCUGGUCUAUGCCUGACAUGAUUUCCAGACCUCAUUGUCCAACCUGUAGCAGAGUCACCCCAUGAGCUGGGCAAGGACUGGGGUGGUAGGAUCAGCACUGGCCAUCAUGCCAAAGAGCCAUGGCUUCCCAAACUGAAGAAGAAUCAGACCAGAACAUGGUGAAAGGAGCAACCGCAGUAGAAGGAUAGCUAAUUGUCACAAGUAAUCUUCGGUAUCCGUGUCCAGUGGUUAGUCCUAGAAUUGCAAGCCUUGUUAUAUUGCACACACGUCCUCCUUCCACUCUCCUUUUCUCAAAGCAGCCGUCGCCUUUCUUCCCCCUGCCCCAUGCACUAGUGAUGAGCAUCAGAGGCAGUUGCACCAAAGUGAUUCUCAGCCCAGUUCUGCAUCCCCCCUUCUCACCCGAACCCAAGGCAACCCGGACAGUUGUUGGCCUUCAUGAGUCUAGUAAUUCCAGUUGGGUUUCUUUCCUUGUGUUUCAUGGCUUCCUUCCCAUGCACUCUAGCAGGGCAGUACAGGAGGCUCUGACCACGUCCUAGGAAGUUUCUUUGCCCCCAGCAGCACCUUGCAGACAUGCACCUUACUGGGAAUGUACUGGGUCAAUGCUGGUGAGAUCUGGCACUGCCGGUCUUGAAUGGGUGGCAGCUGAAGGGGAUCCACCCAAGGAAGUUGGCAGAAAGUGGCUACUGUCCCUUUUCUUUUCUUUUUUGAGGGAAAGAGGAAUUUUUUUGGCAUUACAAUUAUUGUCCAUCUUCCAGUGGCCAAGUUCUGGGCUGCAUUAAUAAUUGGGGUUCAUUGGCUGUCCAGGCAGGUGUGGAGCUCUGCACCAACCUUAAUAGCAAAUGUCAUGGCUGUUGCCAGAGCCUGUGUACGGGAUGGGUUUCUUCCAUGCUGGCAAAGUACUUUCAGCAGGCUCCAGAUGGACACUUCUGGCAGACAGAAAAACAGCACUCCUCCAAGUCCAGAUCAAAUCUGCACUUCCAUUUUGUGUCCUCAGCAUGGGAAAAAAUUCAGCCUAGGCAAAUGCCUUCCAGGUCUCCAUUCCCCAUGUGGUGCCUGGCCCCAGGGGAAGGGAUGGUAGGAGGUAUUUCAAGGUCACUAAAAGCAAGAUUCUUUUUGGAUUUAUUAAAUGGAAAUACAUUUCAGGACGGGAGACCUCCCGACCUUUGUGUUAAUCUCAAGAGCAGGAGUUUUCUGGCUGUCCUUGCAUAUAGUGAAAUAUAGCUGAAACAGCCAAACACAAAUAGAGUUAAAUGUAGGGUUUGACCUGAAUAACCUUUUAAUUAGGAAGAUAAAUUUGUUGUAGCUUGACCUUAGUCCUUGUUAGGAACCUGCUAAUCAUUUGACAUGCAGAGUGUAUUAAUGCUGCACUUAACUUGGCCAUUGUUUUUUUUAUCUGGUUUUGGGAGUUUUUUCACUCUCAAAGCAUCAGUCUGCAUCUUGUAUGGGUUUUCUUUUGUUCCCUUUUUUCCCAUUCAGAUCAUGUAGCACACUGUUGUACUUUUGUUCCCGUCUGUGUAGAGUAUUGCCUUAAACAGAUCAGUUGUGUUAUGGUUUGUUUUGGGUUUUCUCUUUUCUACCAUCAGUUUUAUGCAUUAAUUUAUUUUAAAAUGUGGGGGUUUUUUUCAAAAACAUGAAAAACGUGUAUAGUAUUUUUUUUUAACAUUUCCAUUGCAGUAUUUAUCAUUGUUACUGGUUGUGUGUAGUGUAACGGAAUUAAUGAUAUUAAAAAGCAUACAUAUGAAAA